AGAAGGUUUGAGUGGCUUCGUCUUCGGCUUUUCUCUCGCUUCGCUGACGCCUUGCGACUCUCAUCAGCCUCUGGCCAUCCGUCUCCUUAUCACCGAACACCAUGCCUUCAAUUAAAUUGCAGAGUUCUGAUAGAGAGAUAUUUGAAGUUGAUGUGGAAAUUGCCAAACAAUCUGUGACUAUCAAGACCAUGUUGGAAGAUUUGGGAAUGGAUGAUGAAGGAGAUGAUGACCCAGUUCCUCUACCAAAUGUUAAUGCGGCAAUAUUAAAAAAGGUCAUUCAGUGGUGCACCCACCACAAGGAUGACCCUCCUCCUCCUGAGGAUGAUGAGAAUAAAGAAAAGCGAACAGAUGAUAUUCCUGUUUGGGACCAAGAAGUCCUGAAAGUUGACCAAGGAACACUUUUUGAACUCAUUCUGGCUGCAAACUACUUAGACAUCAAAGGUUUGCUUGAUGUUACAUGCAAGACUGUUGCCAAUAUGAUAAAGGGGAAAACUCCUGAGGAGAUUCGCAAGACUUUCAAUAUCAAAAAUGACUUUACUGAAGAGGAGGAAGCCCAGGUACGCAAAGAGAACCAGUGGUGGGAAGAGAAGUGAAAUGUUGUGCCUGACACUGUAACACUGUAAGGAUUGUUCCAAAUACUAGUUGCACUGCUCUGUUUAUAACUGUUAAUAUUAGACAAACAGUAGACAAAUGCAGCAGCAAGUCAAUUGUAUUAGCAGAAUAUUGUCCUCAUUGCAUGUGUAGUUUGAGUACAGAUUCCAAAUCUAUGGCUGAGUUUCUUCUAGUAUGAUUGAAAGUUUCUUUUUUCUUUGCUCUGAAUAAAACUGAACUGUGGGUUCUCUGUAAGUGGCAUUUUGGGCUUUCCCUCUUUUUUGUAAAGCAAUGUCUGCCUAGUUUCUUGUCCAGUUAACUUUAGUGAUCUUUUAAAAGUUGGCAUUGUAAAUAAAACAACCUGCAAAAAA